CAGACCCCGAGCCCCAGGAUCCCGGACUCGUCCCGCGGAGCCCGCGCCAGGCAGACAUGGCGAUGCCUGGCCCUUGGUUACUGCUCGCCCUGGCUUUGACCCUGACUCUGACCGGUGUGCCCAGUGGCCGCGCUCAGCUCGAGGAGGCCCAGCAGGAGGCGGUGACGGCCGCUGAGCACCCUGGCCUGGACAACCUCCUGCGCCAGGCGGAGCGCCUCCUUUUCCUCCGGGAAAACUUCCGGCGACUGCAAGGGGACCAGAAUGAGCCCUCAGAGUCUCAGAUCAUUCAACCCAACUGGCUCUCCAAGCGUCAGCAUCCAGGAAAAAGGGAGGAGGAGGCCGAAGAGGGAGUUGAAGAAGAGGAAGAAGAAGAAGAGGGAGGGGCCGUGGGACCCCACAAACGGCAGCACCCUGGCCGACGGGCGGAUGAGGCCUCAUGGUCAGCUGAUGGAAGCCAGCACAAGCGGCAGCACCCUGGCCGACGCUCUCCUUGGCCUGGGUAUGCUGUCACCAAGAGGCAGCACCCAGGCAGACGGCUGGUGGACCCUAAGGCCCAAAGGAACUGGGAGGAGGAGGGGUUGGAGGGAGAGGAGGAACUGAUGCCUGAGAAGCGCCAGCAUCCAGGCAAGAGGGGCCUGGGAGGCCCAUGUGGCCCCCAAGGAGCCUGUGAUCAAGCAAGCCUGCUGCUGGGGCUCCUGGAUGACCUAAGCAGGGGACAGGGAGCUGAGGAAAAGCGGCAGCACCCUGGGCGGCGGGCAGCCUGGGUCAGGGAGCCCCUGGAGGACUGAACCCUGUUUCCUGUAAACUUGAGUUUGGGGUCUAAGAAUGUCUUGAGCCCUGUGUGCCCCACCCCUUCAUGACC